GCUAAUUACAAUUGACUUACUUUUAUUUUCAUUUACGCCCCAUACAGUCACAUUCAGGUUUUACAGGAAUCUGGAGUUUAAAGCCUCCUUCAGCCUCAGUGAGCCCUUCAGUCGUCAACAGGCCAGCCCACAAGUCCAGCCACACAGGUCAAUUUGUCAUUAAAUCGUAACAAUGGCGAAGUAUUCAAAGGCUGAUGAUGUGGAGUGGAGCAGUGGACUCUGUGACUGCUUCGAGGACUCAAAAACAUGCUGCUAUGGUUUCUGGUGCUGCCCGUGCCUGGCCUGCACCGUUUCUGGAAGAUUUCAGGAGAACCGCUGCCUCCCGCUGUGUGACAUCCUUGGCCCUGGGGUCGUGGCCGCGUGUGGGAUCCCUUUCUGUGUGCCCCCUGCUGUGUUUGGGCUCAGAGUGGCUAUUCGGCACAGAUACAAAAUAAAGGGCAAUAUAUGCAAGGACAUCUGCACCUCCUGCUUCUGUGUGUGGUGCUCCUGGUGUCAGAUGCAUCGUGAGUUAAGAGCACGUGACAAAACUCCAACUAUGGUGACGGUGACCAACGUGGUGAACAUGCAGCCAGCCCCGAUGAUGAUGAUGGGCCAGGGUCCUGUGAUCCACCAGAACUUUACAGUGGGAUAAUGUGGGGUGGGAUCAGGAGACAGCACUAUAUCACAUUAAAGUAAAGUAUGACCUAUGUUGGACUAUUACAAACUCAUUUAAGAUCGUUAUAUUUAACAUUUAGCUAAACAUUGUAUAAUUCUUUUCCCACUUUGGAAGUUUUUUUACGGCGCCAUGGAAUUAUCAGAGUAUCAGAAGUAUCAGAAACUAAACUUUUGGAUAGAAUUCUCCCCAGUGUGCUGCCAUCCAUAUGUUUUAGAACUCUCCACUUCCUGUAAUUUUCAACAUAUUUUUCAACUGUUUCUCAAAAAGUGCUUCUUAAUUUGUGUAAAACUAUCACUUAUAUUUACAACAGGAAUUAUCCCUCCAAAAACGUAUUUUGGUGAGAUAAUACCUGUUUAAAUGAAACAGAAAAUGCACACCAAAGUUCUUAUAGAGGUGCAAAUACAAGGAGCGGCAAUUAAAAAGUGAAAAAAUGCAUUACACACUGGUUGAUUUUGGACAUCAGCCAUCUGAGUGUGCUAUGCAUUUGUUUCAUUUCAACAGGUAUCAUCCCACCUAAAUAAAUAAAAAUUAGAGAAUCAUCAAAACCUGUCCGAAUGAUGAAAAGUUAGUACUGUUGCCAUAGUGACUAAUAGGCCUGUCAUGAUAACAGAUUUUGAAGCACGAGAAAUACUGUGAUAAACAAUAAUACUGAAAAUACGUUAUGUCACUGAUACAAAGUAAAAUGUUGCUUACAGUUAACAAAAAUAUGAAAUAAAGAAAAUAAAAAAUUGAGAGACCAAAAUCGGAAAAUGAACGAUGAAAUGUAUAUAUUACGAAUUAUGUUCAAAUUUCGUUUUGUCUCGUGGACCCAGUCUCACAUCUCGUCUCGUUUUGUGGAAAUUGUAUUUUGUUCCAUCCCUAAUAAUUAGCCAUAGUACUGUAGUAGUUAUUUUACUCUCUACAGCAGAUAAGCUCAACAAUUCAACAUUAAAUAUUAUAUCUUUUGAAUUGUCAGUCGUCCUCAAAAUAGCACCGUAUAGCAAAAAGCUGAAACAAAUGAAUAUUUUUAAAAUUGAACUGAAGGACAGGUCAGAAUUUUAUAGUAGAAUUUGUCCUUUAAAAAUUUAAAUAUUAUAUUACUGGGCACAUAAAACAAAAAUUAACAUUGAAGUCGAAGUAGUUGUUCAAGUAGAAAUAGUGACUGACAAUAAGAUUGAACUUUCAUUGAUUUUAUGUUUGAGUAUUUUAAAACUUCUACAUUUUUACAUAGGUCCCUGCCCUCUAUCCCUCCUCCUGAAAUUUGAACACUAAAUUAUACAAUGUGAACAUAAUGUAUACUAUGUUUUAAUUGUUGUGUAUGAUGACGAAACAAGUGGGGUCCUUGUGAAUCAUUAAAAGCUAAAAGUUGAUAAUAAAUUGACUUAUGUAAAUUACUAAUCACUGAAUCACUGAAAAUAAAGAAAUAAACCAGAAAGAUUUGAACAGG